AUGUGGCCCAUCACAGUGCCCGGACCUCCAUGUGGGGGUGCCUGGAGUAGUGGUAUUUGCUUACCCAAGAUGGUCCCCCAUCAGAGGCGCGGCCUCGGACCCGGGUCCCCCACAUGGGUUCCGCUGCUCUGCAUUGCUUCGUCACAGGGGAUGUUGGGAGCUCCGGAUCCAAGGUUCCAUCAGACCCGCACAGAAGCCGUUCCCAGCCAGAGGUGCAGCCCCGGCAACCCUGCUCUGCACCGCUUCGUCGCAGGGGGGUGGCGGAAGUCCCGGAUCCGGCGGCCUGCAACACUCAGCGGGCUCAACCAGUCCUGGGCUCGGCCAAAGCAGGUUCGUGGUUAUGUUAAGGAGAGUAGUUCUUUAUAG